UCUGAGGAACAGUAGAGAAAGUGGUAGCUACAUUCCCAUUAACCGCAAAUUCAUGGAAACAAGCAGCUGCACUGUGAUUUCUCCUCGACGAACGAUCAGAUGAAAUUACAUCAGUUUUUUCUUCCGUGGGGCAAAGUGCUUUAACGAAGACUGCUUUUAAGUCACAGCGGUCAGCAGUGAUUAAGAAAAGAAAUGCGGCUGUUUACAGACAUUAUUUGGUGGAAAACAGGUUUACUCACUGUGACAUUUCGCGAUUUUUCCCUCUGCUGUAUUAUCUUGUCUUGAGGUGGCUGUCUUUUAGACACGGUGUUCCGUUGUCUCCGCAUCCUCUAGCAUGAACUUGUAGCGUUGACGCCAGUAUAAAAGCUACCUGCGAGGACGUGGGCAGUCCGCCAUGAAAAUGAUGCAUCAUGGAAUGUGAGCGUCUAAACUUUAAGCAACAAUUCCACGCCGCGGAGAGUAAAAACAUGGAGUUUUGGUUUCUCCAGCAAGGUCUGCGCUAUUCCGCAAUGGCUCGAUUUGAAGACGAACUGUCCGGCCGCUAUGGAGGCGGCUGCCCCGCGGCCCCUGCCAGGGGGGGCAGCCGGCAGCCGGGGCCUCCGGGUGGCCAGAGGAUGUACAAGCAGACGAUGGCCCAGAGAGCCAGGACCAUGGCCAUUUACAACCCAAUUCCAGUCAAACAGAACUGCCUCACCGUCAACCGCUCUUUGUUCAUCUUCAGCGAGGAUAAUGUAAUACGGAAAUAUGCCAAAAAGAUCACCGAAUGGCCUCCAUUUGAGUACAUGAUCUUGGCUACUAUUAUAGCAAACUGCAUUGUGCUGGCCUUGGAACAACACCUACCGGCCUCAGACAAAACCCCAAUGUCAGAGCGUUUGGAUGACACAGAACCCUACUUUAUUGGAAUAUUUUGCUUUGAGGCUGGCAUCAAGAUCAUUGCCCUGGGCUUUGCGUUCCACAAAGGCUCCUACCUGCGUAAUGGCUGGAAUGUAAUGGACUUUGUGGUGGUCCUAACAGGGAUCCUGGCCACUGUGGGGGCUGACUUUGAUCUGAGAACAUUGAGGGCGGUGAGAGUGCUGCGACCACUCAAACUUGUCUCCGGGAUUCCAAGUCUUCAGGUGGUUUUAAAGUCCAUCAUGAAAGCUAUGGUACCACUGUUGCAGAUUGGCCUGCUGCUCUUCUUUGCCAUCCUCAUGUUUGCCAUCAUCGGACUUGACUUCUACAUGGGGAAAUUUCAUCGCACCUGUUUCCGGAUUAACACAAGUGAGCAGACUGCAGAUUUCCCCUGUGGCUAUGAAGCUCCAGCAAGGACCUGUGCCAACGGCACUGUCUGUAGGGAGUAUUGGAUUGGACCCAAUUUUGGCAUUACCAAUUUUGACAACAUCCUCUUCGCUGUUCUCACCGUUUUCCAGUGUAUUACAAUGGAGGGAUGGGUGGAUAUCCUCUACAAUGCCAAUGAUGCCUCAGGGAACAUGUGGAACUGGCUGUACUUCAUCCCUCUCAUCAUCAUCGGCUCUUUCUUCAUGCUCAACCUGGUGCUAGGUGUGCUGUCAGGGGAAUUUGCGAAGGAGAGAGAGCGUGUGGAGAAGAGGCAAGAAUUCUUGAAGCUUCGCCGACAACAGCAAAUAGAGAGAGAGUUAACUGGGUACCUGGAGUGGAUCUGCAAAGCGGAAGAAGUGAUGCUGGCUGAGGAAGACAAGAACGCAGAAGAGAAAUCUUUGGAUGGAGCAUGGUACAAACGAAAACACAACAACUCUGUGCUAAAACGGACCAGGAAGAGUAAGAAUGAUCUCAUCAAUGCAGAGGAAGGGGAGGACCACUUUACUGACAUCUCAUCUGUUGGGUCGCCAUAUGCUCGGGCAAGUGUGAAGAGCAAGAAUGAGAGUUCAUCUUACUUCAGGAGGAAAGAGAAGAGGAUUCGCUUCACCAUCCGGCGUCUGGUUAAAUCCCAGAGCUUCUACUGGACAGUGUUAUGUCUGGUUGGCCUAAAUACACUGUGUGUAGCUAUAGUACACUAUGACCAGCCUGAGUGGCUUACCUAUGCACUAUACCUUGCGGAGUUUGUAUUUUUGGGCCUGUUCCUGGUGGAGAUGUCCAUGAAAAUGUAUGGUCUUGGACCCCAGAACUACUUUCACUCCUCUUUCAACUGUUUUGACUUCGGGGUGAUCAUUGGCAGUAUUUUUGAGGUGGUCUGGGCAGCCAUGAAGCCUGGGGCUUCAUUUGGAAUCAGUGUCCUGCGAGCACUGAGGCUGCUCCGGAUCUUCAAAGUCACCAAGUACUGGAACUCAUUAAGGAACCUUGUGGUAUCCCUACUCAACUCCAUGAAGUCCAUUAUUAGCCUGCUGUUUCUGCUCUUCCUCUUCAUCGUGGUCUUUGCUCUGCUGGGUAUGCAGCUCUUUGGUGGCCAGUUUAAUUUUGAAGACGAAACACCGACAACCAAUUUUGACACAUUCCCAGCAGCCAUUCUCACCGUCUUCCAGAUCCUAACUGGAGAGGACUGGAACGCAGUCAUGUACCAUGGGAUUGAAUCCCAGGGGGGUGUGCAUGGGGGAAUGUUCUCUUCCAUUUAUUUCAUCGUACUUACUCUCUUUGGAAAUUACACCCUCCUCAAUGUGUUCUUGGCCAUUGCUGUUGAUAAUCUUGCAAAUGCCCAGGAGCUCACUAAGGAUGAAGAGGAGCAAGAGGAGGCUAUUAAUAAGAAACUUGCCCUCCAGAAGGCCAAGGAGGUAAAGGAAGUCAGCCCCAUGUCAGCUGCUAACAUUUCCAUCACAGCGAGUUAUGUCUGCACCCCAGUCCAUCACUACCUGAGUAAGGAGCAGCAGAGGUCAGUGAAGACGAUGUCGGUGUGGGAACAAAGGGCCAGCCAACUGAGAAAACAGAACCACGCAAGCUGUGAGGCGCUGUACAGUGAGCUAACUUCAGAAGAGCGACUGCACAUAGCAUCAGCCCUACACAUGCGGCCAGACAUGAAGACUCACCUUGACCGGCCGUUGGUUGUUGAGCCCCACAGUGGCAGCAGCCAGCACCACCACAAGAAGACUUGCUUGUCAGAGGAGGCUGACACUGCCUCGGACCCACCUCCCCCUGUGCCUCACCAGCCCCGCCAUCAGCACUACCACCGAGACAGAGAACGAAAACAGGAAACUAAUGAUAAUGGGAGACAUCACAUCCAUCACAGCCGCUCCAAAAACCAUGACAGCAGCCGGGACAAACGGGGGAAGAGUGAGAGGUCCCACAGCCGGGAGGGAGGCAGGAAGCACCGCCAUCAGUGUUCAGUGGAUGACAGUGGAGGUUGGGGGAACGUAGGCGAGAGAGAUCACCACCAUCAUCAUUCACACCGGCAGUCCCGAGGUGGCAACGGGACAGUGAGUAGUGGAGGGAGGGGAGAGCGAAGAUCUCGCCACAAAGAUGGACAUUUGUCUAACAGGAAUGGAGAUAGGAAUUCCAGAGGAGGCAGUGGUGCCAGUGGAGAGAGAAGAAGGCAUCGCAUUCAUGGAUCCAGGGGACACUCCACAGAAUCUAAUGACAGAGAGAAGACCCAUAGUCAGAGGUUUGGCGAUUCAGAGGGUGAGUCCUUGGCUAUCACCCCCCAGCAAGGCUCUGGGGGCACUAGCUGGCCUCCUGACCAUAUAGAAGACUCAGAUAACCAGAGGAAUGUCAGACGAACUAGGCAAACCUCCAUCCAGAUUCCUCCUGUGACUAUCACCUCCCCACCUGGAGAGACCACCCUAAUACAAAUGAACAGUAUUGAUUGUGAAACAGUGCCCAUAAAUGAGAAGACCCUGGAGGAUCUAGGCCCAAGUGGGCCUAAACCCAUCCUGCCUUACAGUUCAAUGUUCAUCUUUGGACAGACCAAUCCGGUGAGGCGGUUGUGUCACUAUAUUGUGACUCUGCGUUAUUUUGAGAUGUCCAUCCUGGUUGUCAUUGCGAUGAGCAGUAUUGCUCUGGCAGCAGAGGACCCUGUCUGGACUAAUGCACCCCGCAACAAUGUGCUCAAAUAUCUGGACUAUGCCUUUACUGGUGUUUUCACUUUUGAAAUGGUGAUCAAGAUGGUAGACCUGGGGCUAUUGCUUCAUCCUGGAUCCUACUUCAGAGACCUGUGGAACAUCCUGGACUUCAUAGUGGUCAGUGGGGCACUGGUGGCAUUUGCUUUUUCGAGCUUCAUGGGAUUGCAACAAGGUGUGACCAGGGGAACCAAAGGCAAGGACAUCAGCACUAUCAAGUCAUUGAGGGUUCUUCGAGUUCUCAGGCCUCUGAAGACCAUCAAGCGCCUGCCAAAACUCAAGGCGGUGUUUGACUGUGUGGUUAACUCUCUGAAGAAUGUGCUGAACAUCCUCAUUGUUUACAUCCUCUUCAUGUUUAUCUUUGCCGUCAUCGCAGUUCAGCUCUUCAAGGGGAAAUUCUUUUAUUGCACUGAUGAGUCCAAAGGCCUGGAGAAAGACUGCAAAGGACAAUUCCUAGAUUAUGACAAAGACGAGGUGGCCGCCAUGCCCAGAGAGUGGAAAAAGUAUGAGUUCCAUUAUGACAAUGUGCUGUGGGCUUUUUUGACCCUCUUCACUGUCUCGACCGGGGAGGGCUGGCCAACUGUUCUGAAGCACUCCGUGGAUGCCACCUUUGAAGACCAGGGUCCCAGUCCAGGCUAUCGGAUAGAAAUGUCAAUCUUCUACGUGGUCUACUUUGUCGUUUUCCCCUUCUUCUUUGUCAACAUCUUUGUUGCUCUAAUCAUCAUCACCUUCCAGGAACAAGGAGACAAGGCCUUGUCUGAGUGCAGCCUAGAAAAAAAUGAGAGGGCAUGUAUUGACUUUGCCAUAAACGCCAAACCACUAACACGUUACAUGCCUGAGAACACACAGUCCUUCCAGUACAGGAUGUGGAAGUUUGUGGUAUCAGCUCCGUUUGAGUACUCCAUCAUGAUCAUGAUUGCUCUCAACACCGUGGUACUCAUGAUGAAGUUCUAUGGAGCUCCAGAGUUCUAUGAAGUAAUGCUAAAGAACCUCAACAUAGUGUUCACCACUCUCUUCUCUCUGGAAUGUAUUCUCAAGAUCAUUGCUUUUGGGCCAUUGAACUACCUAAAGGAUGCUUGGAACGUGUUUGACUUUGUGACAGUGUUGGGAAGCAUUACUGACAUCCUGGUGACGGAAAUCAAUACUACGGACAGGCUGCUCAACCUGAGCUUUCUGAGGCUCUUUAGAGCUGCUCGACUCAUAAAGCUGCUGAGGCAGGGAUACACCAUCCGCAUUUUGCUGUGGACCUUUGUUCAGUCUUUUAAGGCCCUGCCUUAUGUUUGUCUACUGAUUGCCAUGCUGUUCUUUAUCUACGCCAUCAUUGGAAUGCAGGUGUUUGGCAACAUUGAGCUGAAUGAGGAUACAGCUAUAAAUCACCACAACAACUUCCGCACAUUCCUUCAGGCUCUCAUGCUACUGUUCAGGAGUGCAACUGGAGAGGCUUGGCAUGAGAUCAUGUUAUCAUGCUUGAGUCACCGUACAUGUGAUGAGCGAUCAGGGACCCACGGAAAAGAGUGUGGCAGCGAUUUUGCCUAUUUCUACUUUGUCUCUUUCAUUUUUCUCUGCUCUUUCCUGAUGCUGAACCUGUUUGUGGCAGUCAUAAUGGAUAACUUUGAGUAUCUGACCAGAGACUCGUCCAUCCUGGGGCCUCAUCACCUCGAUGAGUUUAUCCGGGUUUGGGCUGAGUACGACCCAGCUGCGUGCGGACGGAUUUCCUAUAAGGAUAUGUACAAUUUGUUACGCAUUAUCUCACCCCCCCUUGGCUUAGGGAAGAACUGCCCUAAUAGGGUAGCAUACAAGCGCCUCGUCAAAAUGAAUAUGCCUAUUGCUGAUGACAACACAGUUCACUUUACCUCCACUCUGAUGGCACUGAUUCGCACAGCACUGGAGAUCAAGUUGGCGUCAGGAAUGGUAGCCCAGCGAUUAUGUGAUGCAGAGUUAAAAAAGGAAUUGUCCACAGUGUGGCCCAACCUUUCCCAAAAGACCAUGGACCUGUUGGUCACGCCACAUAAACCCAAUGAGCUCACAGUAGGGAAGGUUUAUGCAGCCUUGAUGAUCUUUGACUACUAUAAGCAGAAUCGAGCUAGGAGACUGCAGCAGCAACAGAGCGCUUUGGGCUCCCAGGAGAAAGACCUCCCUAAGAUGUUAAACAGUGUGGAGCCUCCCAGCAUGCUUAGGUACCAGUCUAAAUCCCAUGCCAAGUCUCAGCCACAGACCAGACCUAGCUCCAACUCCCUCAACAAUGGAGGCACUCUGCCAAGUCAAGAUCACACCAUCAAGCCAUCAUCUUCCUGGGUGAUUGAUAAACCCAAAGAAGUGCCAUGGGCUAAGAAUAAGAGAACGAUGUCCCGGGGCCCAUCUGAGGACACUUCAGACACUGCCAUCAAUCAGGAGUCGGUAGAGAUGAAGAAGAUGGAGACCAGUGUGAGCAGUAGAAUUCCAUUCACUGGCUCCGGUCUGGAAAACCAGGGCCGAGCUGCUUCGAUGCCUAGACUCAAUACUGAGCUGCAGCGGAGCCAUUCACGCCACUCUCCAGGGAUUCAUCUAGCUUCUGUCCCUGAUGCCAGCCCUAUGAAGCGCUCAGCCUCAACUGUGACCCCACAGCGGCCCCAAGAGGUCAAUUUAAGAGACUACACCCUGGAAAAACCAAGCCAGGAGAGAACCCACCACCAUCACCGUCGCUGCCACCACCGUAGAGACCGAGACAGAGAGAACAGACAGAGGUUUUUAGAUGCACCUUUGGCAGGUCAACCUCCCGGUUCUGCUGCUGCAGUGGGUGAGCCAGCAUCGGAAACAACAGCCUCCAGAGAGCGAGCCCACGACCGUGGACGCUCCCAUGAAAGGAAACACCAUCAUUCCUCUGCAGACAAACAGCGCUACUACUCCUGUGACCGCUAUUGCAGCCGGGGACAGUGCCACUCGAAAUCUUCCACCGCCAGCUGUGCUGGCUCUCCAAGUGAAGGGCUGGAAACCAGCAACAAGCAGGGCAGUGGUUGGGUUAAAGGCAGCCCAGUGGCACUGAGCUCCAAUACUAGCACGUCAAGCCGUGGACGUCGGCAGCUCCCCAAGAUCCCCCACACCCCGCGACCCGGGGUGGCUUACAAGACUGCCAAUUCCUCUCCUGUGCAUUUUGUGUCCAGCCAGACCUCUCUGAGUCCCAGCCGGCUAAGCCGUGGCCUCUCAGAGCACAAUGGCCUCCGUUACAGCGGCUCUCACCACUUCCCCUGCCCCGUCACUCGUAUCAGCUCAGAGCCCUUCCUGGGCCAGGGCAAGGCUCUGGGUAGCCUCUAUGGCAGCCUCCGGGACCAGCUGCAAGUCUUCCAGGAUAUGGCGGCGCUGUCUCCCAGCCCCUGUGCUGGACACUCCUCUUGGAACGCACUGCCUCACAUGAUGGGAGCCUUGUCUCCUGCUCAACAACAGAACAUUGGUAUGCCCAAUGGGUACCACAUCAGCUUUGGGGGUAGCACCAGCCCAGGCUCUGGCAUCAGGCCACCCAGGUGUUACCAGGAGGCAGUAAAGGAUGAAUGGUGCUAGCAUGGCUUUAAACAAACCUUUUUAAUGCAUUUUUGAGGAAUUGUGAUGAGUUUUAUCAUCUUCUUUGAAGGCUUUAGUUUACAGCAUCACUGUAUGUGUUUUAAUGCUUUAUUGUAAUCCUAACUUGGAGAUCUUAAGUUAUGGAGAACAUCUGAGGAGAAUGCUUUAAGGGGGUAAUAUUUGAAUGUGAAUAGAAAAGUAUCCUCUUUAUCAAAGCGCUUGUAGCAGAAAGGCAGACUUUUUGUCAAUAUCAAAUGUCUUACAGUGUCUGUUUUUGAUUUGCUACUGACACCACCAUACUGAUCCUGAAGCAACUUUCCAUACAAUAUAUAUAUAU